AUGGUGUUAGUGGUGGUCAGUGAUGGGAGAUGGUGGUUGGAAGUCAAUGCUAGUGGGAGAGUGUUUGCAAGUACACCUCCUCCUAGAAUUGAUCAUCUAUCGUCCACCAUACAUCGACAACACCACUCGUCUUCGAAAGUCUCCAGAGUGGGUGCACGAGGAAGAGACGGCAAAAUCAUACGAAUUACACGGGACACUGAGACUUCUACAUCGACUCUGAUGAAUCCCUCAGAGAGGAUUCGACCGGCAGCUUCAAGGAGAAGAAGACGUAUGAUUAUUGAAGACGACGAUGAGGGACAUCAUGAUCAGGGGGAGCCUUCUAUAGUGCAUGAGGAAGAUGUGGUACAUUGGCAGGUGGAUGUACAUGAGUAUAUGGUGCACGAGCAGGUGGAUGUACAUGAGCAGCAGGAGGCUGCACCUGCUCAUGAGAGAGAGCAUAUGAAGGAGGAACAUGAUGGAGUUGAGGGACCUGAUGAGCUCACACGGUAUCCUGGAGGACCUUAUGAUUUGUCUGUCCUAACACGAUACCGUUAUCAUGUUUCAGCUAGACUAUGGUUUGGUGAGAAAAUGCAACAAUUUACUCCGCCGGUACUUCCGCGACCCAUAGAGAAUUGGGUGAAUUUGUCAGGUCUGAACCCAUUACAACGAGGUAGUUUGAAGAUGAUCGACAACAACUUGAUAUAUGCGUUUGUUGAAAGAUGGCAUUCCGAGACAUCGUCAUUUAACAUGCCAUUUGGUGAAAUGACGAUUACUUUGGAUGAUGUUGUCAAUCUUCUUGGAUUGCCUAUUAUGGGUGAUUUCUAUAGUCCACCCGAUGUAGAGAGAGUAACGGCAUGUAAUCUUGCCGUCCAUCUAUUAGGAGUGACCACGGAAGAGAUCUGGGAGGAGACCAAAAAGACUAGAGGUGCGCACUAUAGACUGGAUUGGUUGAAGGAGGUCUUCAGAAGGCAGUGUGCAGCAGAGAGGUUUGAUUGUGCUGUUAGGGCAUAUCUGUUGAAUUUAGUCGGGAAUACUAUUUUCGCUGAUAAGAGUCAUACUCUAGUUGAUGCGAAAUACCUUCCUUUAUUCAGAUAUUUAGACGGUAUAGAUAAAUAUGCAUGGGGUACUGCUGCACUAGUGGUGCUUUAUGACUACCUCUCAGAUGUCUGCUAUUAUGACACCAAACAGCUAGAUGGAUAUAUGACGCUGCUUCAGGGUGCUGACGUGGAAUGUUUUGCCCGAAUGAAUAGAUGGUGCUAUAAACAAGGCAAGCAUAAGGUCCACGAAUACAAAAGUAUUAUUGAUGCAUUGACACCUCCAAAUGUUAUAUGGAGACCAUGGGAGAAUCACAAGGGUGUCAUUUCUUUUGAUGAUAUCACGCUUUAUACUGAGAGGUGUUUGAGACAAUUUGGAUAUAUCCAAUAUAUUCCUUCACCGCCACUUCCAGAUCCUGCUAGAUUAUUUGAUGUAGAUGUGGAAUGGUUGGGAUAUGUGACGCCAGUGACAGAGUUAUUUCACAAGCUUCGUCCAGCUACAUAUCCAUCUGAGUGUGAAGAUGGAUAUUUGGAGUGGUUCUAUCAGGUGUCUCAUCCACUGCUGGUGCGACCAGAUGGUGUACCUCAGUUACUCUAUUAA